AUGGAAGAUCACCACAACACUUUAUUCAUUAAAGUCUACCUUUCGCAUGCCAAUCGUGUCAUCUCCGGCUAUGUCGCAGAGGAGAGAUUUGACAAAAUACGGCGAGCAAAGAUAGAAAUGCAGAUCCUAGCCGAGAUUGAGAAAUCAAUGUUCCCUAUGGCACUACGUAUUGCCUGGGUUUCUAUGGUCGUUCAUACCAACACGUUUGACAUAUACUGGCUUGGCCAGCAAGACCUACACAAGCUACCUAAAAGUGCCAUCAGACGUAUUGAGCCUGAUGUGUCUCUUGCCGACAAACUUAUAUCACCAUCGCCAUCGCCUUCUCAGUCGUCAUCUCGAGAACCCUCUCCUUUACAUUCCGGAGAGGAAUCUAUAGCAUUAUCCGAUUCGGAGACAUCUCCAGGGAGCGACGCAGCCAACCCAAAUCCCCAAGAUCCAGAAGCUCCUCCAACCACCCCAACGAAACCUACAACUUCUAAAAGGAGAGGGACUGGCACUGCGGCAAAGAAGCCGGCCGGCGUCCGCAAGACCCGUACUCCUCCAAAGAAAAAGCUAUUUCCAGCUACAGUGAAAGAAUUAGAAAAGUCAACCAACAUCACCCCGCCGGAGGAAGAGAAAACCGAUAGCAAAUCUGCCGUUAUAAACCAAGAAGUCCUUUAUUCUACUGAUAAAGCCACACCAUCUCCAUUAGAAACAGCAUUGAAAGCUUCCGAAAUCGCCGCUCCAGCUGGGGCUCUAAAGAACGGCCAGACCGCGAGCACAAGUGGCAGAGGCAGAAAGCAAAAGAACGCGGCGCACCAAACUGAAGCUUCCAAGGCACCGGCUGCUGCACCAGCGGGAUUGGGGAAGGGGAAAGGCAAGGGGGGGGGCAAACACCCUUAG